UCUUGCUCCUCUCCAUGCCUAAACCACUGACUUAUCUCUUGAACCAUUCUUGAGCAGACUUUGACAAUCGCUCUCUGAUUUCGCGCACCCGCCACCGCAAUUUCUUGAACUGAUCAUCGAGUUGCUCUCUUGAGGUUCUCUUUUCAGUUUCUGUCCUCUUCCAGAUUCAGUGGACCAUUUCGAGAAGAUGAAGAACAAGGUAUCUACAAUGCUGAAGCAGAUGCUAGCGGCCUUGUCGGCGAUGGCCAAGUCGAAAUCGGGGGCUCUCAGGAGGAAGACGGACGCCCUCCGGACCCGCCUCAUCAUCUUCUCGCUGUUGCACCACGACAAGAAGUUCUUUGUCAGCACCCUCUCUCACAAGCUCCAGAACCUCCUCUUGCAACACCACCACCACGAGGAGAAGCCCCACGAGGAGGCCGACGAUGCCGACCUGGCGGCGGAGCAGCCGAGCGAGAAUGACAUUGUUAGUUACUGCACCAGUGAAGCCCUGGUGCACGAGCCGAUGCCUGUUCCGACUCACUGCGAGCCGGCCAAAUACGAAGAAGAAGAAGAUGGUGGUGGUGAUGAUGAAGAUGACAAGAAGUGCCUAGAUCUGACACACACGUUGUUUGACGAUAGCGAUGACUCGUCGUCGGGUGGGUCGGUAAUCGAGUUGGCGAGGCACUCCAGGGAAGACAGAGGAGAGGAGUUCGUGCUGGAGAACGAGAUCGACCACGUCGCGGAUCUGUUCAUAAAGAGGUUCCAUCGGCAGAUGAAGUUGCAGAACAUGGAGUCUCUCAAGAAUUACCAGGAGAUGCUCCAAAGAAGCGUCUGAUUAUCGACCGUCGUCAAGGAUUAACCGUUAUUUCAUAAUGGCAUGACUUCAUGUGCAGUUGUAUCUAACGUUUAAAAAGAGGAAGAUGAAGAAGAAGAUCAAUCUUGCCAAUAACAAAGUUAGUCGGCAGUUGUUGUUUUGGUCUCUUUAAUUUUGUUUUUUGCCUCUUAUAUUGAGAGAUUACGAAUAUCUUCUGGUCGGUUUUUGGAUAAAAGCCAGAGGAGGUGUUGUAAUUUGGCCUUUGACCCAUAUAAUAAGACUGAGCUCUUAUGGAGACUUGCACUUC